AUGAAGACCGUCCGCAUCUACCAGACCGGCGGGCCCGACGUCCUCAACUACGAAGACGCCCCCGAACCCUCCCCAGCGCCCGGCCACGCCCUCGUAGAGAUCAAGUCCAUCGGCGUCAACUACACCGACGUCUCCAGCCGCAAGGGCACCAACCCGCCCGACGCAUUCCCCUGGACCCCCGGCCGCGAGGCCGCUGGCGUCGUCACCGCCAUCGGCGCGGGCGUAUCCGAGGUGUCCGUCGGCGACCGAGUGGCCUACGCCAUGCACACCGGCACCUACUCGCAGGUCCACUCCGUCCCCUCGUGGUUGCUCGUCCGCAUACCCGACGGCAUGGACUACAACACCGCCGCCGCCACCAUGCUCCAGGGCAUGACCGCCCAUUUCCUCGUCUACGGCAUCGCCCACCUGAAGGAGGGCGACCGCAUGCUCAAGAACAUCGGCGUCUACGUCCACACCACCGUCUCUACCGAGGAAAAGGCCGACCUCGCCAAGGGUGCCGGAGCCGACCACACCAUCAUCUAUACAAAACAGGACUUCGAAGAGGAAAUCCGCAAGGACUCCAACGGCCAGGGCCUCAAGAUGGUCAUGGACGCCGUCGGAGCCACCACCUUCGACCAAGGCAUGCGACUCCUCGGACGCCGCGGCUACAUGGCCCUCUACGGCGCAGCCGGCGGCCCCGUCGGACAGCGCGCCACCGACGUCCUGAACUGGGUGCAGUCCGGCGAGGUCAAGCUAUACGUCGGCCUCGAGCUCCCCCUGUCCGACGCCCAGGAAGCCCACCGCAAGCUCGAGGGCCGCGAGACCACCGGCAAGAUCCUGCUGACACCGUGA